CUGCUCCUGUGAAAGCAAAUGAAAGAUAACACAAAAUGGGUCAAAAUGAAAAAGGGGUUAUACAUGCUAAAGAAAACAUUUAUUUUUCAAACAGUAAAACAGUCAUUUCUCUGCAAAAGUAAUGUGUCCAUCUGGGAAAUUAAAAUAAUCAUUAUUUCUAAAUUUUACAACUGUUAACAGAAUCUGUAUGCAAUUCUCUGUAAUAUUGUGUGUAUGAUUUGUUAUGAAUCUAUGUAUAAUUCAUUUGCAGCAUCAAUGUUAGUAUGGGAGCAAAAUCUAAGUAAAGUGAUCUGAUGCAUUUAAAUUAAUCAUAAAUAAUUAAAAGAUAGAGGUGAGCAUAUGUCAGGAAACGGGAAGGCAGGGAAGGCAGGGAGCAGUGCGUUUGUGGUUCAGGUAGGGGGUCCGGGGGAGUGGCACGGGAGCUGAGGGAGGACAGAAAGAGGGAGCAGGGGAUGAAAGCUGCUUCGAUGGUGGGACAACUGUAGCUCGGCUGCCAGAGAAAGCAUCUGAGGAGAGACGACGAGAGAGUCUCAGCACGAGCAUCAGCCGUGUACGGUGCUGAAGGAUUACAGCGCACUGUUCACCUCCGAUCAGAAUCUCACUCUGAGUUGUUCCUCUUUGAGAUAGACCACCAAUCAGGGAGCAUGAUGGAAGUUUUUGGCUGACCCAGGUUGUUUUGAUUCUGCAACUUCACGGGAUAAAAACCCAGUACUUCAAAGUGACCAGUUUAUUUUUCUUUUCUUUCAAGACAUUCUCUUGACAAUGGACUUUGCUACAAUCUCUGGCACUACUCUAAGGCUCUGAGACUCAUCAGAGGGGACAUAAUACUAGCAGAGACCAGGAAGGACCUUCACUGAGAGUCACUGAGAACCAGCAGAAAUACUGUGGACAUCUGGAUUUACAGUCAAUAUAAGCAAUGAAGAUGACAUAGUUUGUUUUACAUGUGAUUCAUAUUAAUGGUCAUUUAUGCAAAUCAGCAGUAGAGUUUAAAGGUUAGACAUUAACUGCGGCUAUUUAGAUAAAUAAAUCACUUUCUGCGAAAUAGAAAUAUAAAUCCCGGAAGGGCACGACAAAGUCCAGUCAGCAGAAUGAUCUACAUUCCUUUGCAAGUGGGACAUUACAUCCAAUUCCUCCUCAUGCUCAUAACACUUGGGGUUCCCACUGGAGUCUGGGGACAGAAUGACACUGAGCCCAUCGUGCUGGAGGGGAAGUGCCUGGUGGUGUGCGACUCCACGCCCUCCACGGAGCCGGCAGGAGGAAAUGCACUGGGCAUGUCUGUGCGCUCUGGGACUGGCCGUGUGGCCUUCUCAGCUAUCCGCAACACCAACCACGAGCCAUCUGAGAUGAGCAACCGCACCAUGACCAUCUACUUUGAUCAGAUCCUGGUGAACGUUGGUGGCCACUUUGACCCCGCACGCAGCAUCUUUGUGGCCCCGAGGAAGGGCGUGUACAGCUUCAGCUUCCACGUGGUCAAAGUGUACAACAGACAGACAAUACAGGUGAGCCUGGUACUAAAUGGCUGGCCUGUGAUCUCGGCCUUCGCCGGUGACCAAGACGUGACUCGAGAGGCAGCAACGAACGCUGGGCUGGUCAUCAUGGAGAGAGGGGACAAGGCUUACUUAAAGCUGGAGAGGGGGAACCUGAUGGGCGGCUGGAAGUAUUCCACCUUCUCGGGCUUCUUGGUCUUCCCUCUUUAGAGAGGCGAGGAGAGAGAUGGGAGAAGAAGGGAGAUGGACAGAAGGAGGAAACGAUAUGGGGAGAGAAAUGCAUCAGCAGACAAGACACGAAGAGCAUGCAAAAUAAAGCGGCAAGAAGAUUUUCAUUGACUACAUGAACAGUCUUCAAGAAGAAGAACAUGAAGCACAGGGAAGAGACUGAGACAGACAAGGGAGAGGAAGAAAACACUUUAUUGGCUAAUUAUUUGCAUGUAUGCAAGUGUGCAUGUUUGGGUGUGUCUCUGUGUGGGUUGUGGGUGUGUAUGUGAUUUAAACUCUUAAGUUCUGAAGUUUUUUUCUUGCAUUUUUUUUGUUCCAACCAUUUCUAUGUGUUUGACGGUAUUUAUCCCACAGAGUGCUUAUCAAGCAAAUUCACCGGCAUUUCACUUCUGCUGUUCCACAUAGUUCAGGGUUUAAACCUGAACCGUUAUGGUUGCUGUCCAUGGAUGGAAUACGCGGGUCAACUUUUUUUGUGAGGGAAAGUAUCAAUUAACACAGGUAAACACACAAUCUUUCAGUGUUUGGAAACAUUUCCAUCCAUGACUGAUACAUUUAUAAAAUGUGCUUGGUUCGCACUGCAGUGUUAGAUCACAAAACAUGAAAAUUUAUAAACUGAAAUAACUUAACAAAAGGUCAUAUCAGAAUCUGGAUAAUACAAAAUAAAAUAAUUAGUCAGGGCUUACACUUAUGUACUUAGACAGAAAAGCAUACUUCCUGUAGCGACAGCAACCACACGUAUCCUGGAGGGAAAUUGAGAAGGAAGUGAUCUUUUCAAAAGUUCUGAUUUACAUCUCUGCGUCUCCAUUGACUCUGUGGUUGUGUCUGUGACGCAUAUGCUAUGGAUACCAACCUCGUACCGGGAUCAUUAGCGGUGAUGGGGCUUCUGUAGUCUUAUGUAACAAAUGUAUUAUAAGAAUUAAAGUAGAAAACCUUGCAUAUUUCACUGUUCUUUCCAUCAUUUUGCAUAACCAGGUACAGAUCCCAGAGCAGUACCUCUGCUCAGAAAGGACUCAGAACAACAUGGAGAUUCCAUGCCUGCCCACAUUGUGUGUCGUGUGACCUUGUGUAUCUCUGUAUGUUUCUGAAUCAUCUGCCAUUUGACUCAGAACACAGAAUGCCAAUAAAGGAGAGAACCUCG